UCCCAGUAGGCAAUGGAAACCAUGCGCUGCAAAAGAAAUACGGGGAGCCGGGAGGGUCAAUCGUCACCAGAUUGCUGGCUUCUCGCUGGCUGGCUGGCUGGCUGGCUGGCUGGCUGGCUGGUUAAUUAGUGCUCAAAGCUGCCUCCGCCUCCUGACUGAAGAGCGAAUUAGCCCGGGCGGAGCCACAGUCCUAGAGGCUGAGCGCAGUCGGAGCUGUCCCAUUUACCCGACCCGAGGCCGGCGAGAUGUGGCUUCCGCUGGUGCUGCUUCUGAGCGUGCUGCUGCUGGCCGUCGUCUGCAAAGUUUACUCGGGACUGUUCUCUGGCAAAUCCCCGAAUCCUUUCUCCGAAGACGUCAAACGGCCACCAGCGCCCCUGGUAACUGACAAGGAGGCCAGGAAGAAGGUUCUCAAACAAGCUUUUUCAGCCAGCCGAGUGCCGGAGAAGCUGGAUGUGGUGGUAAUUGGCAGUGGCUUUGGGGGUCUGGCUGCAGCUGCAAUUCUAGCGAAAGCUGGCAAGCGAGUCCUGGUGCUGGAACAACAUACCAAGGCAGGGGGCUCCUGUCAUACCUUUGGAGAGAAUGGCCUUGAAUUUGACACAGGAAUCCAUUACAUUGGGCGUAUGGAGGAGGGCAGCAUUGGCCGUUUUAUCUUGGACCAGAUCACUGAAGGGCAGCUGGACUGGGUUCCCAUGUCUUCUCCUUUUGACAUCAUGGUACUGGAAGGGCCUAAUGGCCGAAAGGAGUACCCCAUGUACAGUGGAGAGAAAGCCUACAUUCAGGGCCUCAAAGAGAAGUUUCCACAGGAGGAAGCUAUCAUUGACAAGUAUAUAAAGCUGGUUAAGGUGGUAUCCAAUGGAGUCACUCAUGCCAUCCUGUUGAAGUUCCUCCCAUUGCCCGUGAUUCAGCUCCUCGACAGGUGUGGGCUGCUGACUCGUUUCUCUCCAUUCCUUCAUGCAUCCACCCAGAGCCUGGCUGAGGUCCUGCAGCAGCUGGGGGCCUCCUCUGAGCUCCAGGCAGUGCUCAGCUACAUCUUCCCCACUUACGGUGUCACCCCCCGUCACAGUGCCUUUUCCAUGCACGCUCUGCUGGUUAACCACUACCUGAAAGGAGCCUUUUAUCCCCGAGGGGGUUCCAGUGAAAUUGCCUUCCAUACCAUCCCUGUGAUUCAGCGGGCUGGGGGCGCUGUCCUUACAAGGGCCACUGUGCAAAGUGUGUUGCUGGACUCAGCUGGGAAAGCCUGUGGUGUCAGUGUGAAGAAGGGGCAUGAGCUGGUGAACAUCUAUUGCCCCGUCGUGGUCUCCAAUGCAGGGCUGUUCAACACCUAUGAGCACCUACUGCCGGGGAAUGCCCGCUGUCUGCCAGGUGUGAAGCAGCAGCUGGGGAUGGUGCGGCCUGGCUUAGGCAUGAUGUCUGUUUUCAUCUGCCUGCAAGGCACCAAGGAGGACCUGCAUCUGCCAUCCACCAACUACUAUGUUUACUAUGACACGGACAUGGACCAGGCGAUGGAGCGCUACGUCUCCAUGCCCAGGGAAAAGGCUGCGGAACACAUCCCUCUUCUGUUCAUCGCUUUCCCAUCAGCCAAGGAUCCGACCUGGGAGGACCGAUUCCCAGGUGGGGCUGCCGGGUCCUGGGGCAGGCUGGAGGAGGGCCGGGCAGUGUUCUAUCUAGCUGCUCGAGGCGCCUGCUACGGGGCUGACCAUGACCUGGACCGCCUGCACCCUCGUGUGAUGGCCUCCUUGAGACCCAGAGCCCCAUCCCCAACCUCCUACCUGACAGGCCAGGAUAUCUUCACCUGUGGGCUGGUCGGGGCCCUGCAAGGUGCCUUGCUGUGCAGUAGUGCCAUCCUGAAGCGGAACUUAUACUCAGACUGUCAGGAUCUUGGCUCUAGGAUCCAGGCACAGAAGAAGAAAGAGUGGAUUCCAUCAGGGGAGGAGUCAGAGGAAUCCGCCCAAUGGCUGGGCAUCUCCCUUCAGCUUAACCCAUAA